CUUCGUUUGUACUUAGAACGUACGGCAAACACUCGGUAUUUGCAUAAAACACAUACUAGCAAUUGACUUUCAUUUAAUGGGACAUUGAGUAAGGACGAACGUUUCUUUUGCGUCCCUGUGAGUUGAAAAAAUAAACCGAGAAUGCAUUUUUUUCAAUCAACACAAUAAAGUAAUCAUUUCACAGUUGCGAUUGUUAGUUAACUUCUUGGUUUCUUCGAUGUACCUUGGCAUGGAUAGUGGUUGUUGUUCGGCUCUACAUUUUACCUGACAAGAGUCCUGACCUUAUUGACCGUUUAAUUGUUAGUUUAUGAGAAAAUAAAGUGAAAAAAUUGUGUGCGUGAGACCAUUUAAUGCCUACAUAUUAUUCGGUUUCAAAAAAUGAUGUGGAUCAGAUUUUAGUUGCUUCUUCACUCUCAAGAAUAUCAAGUGAAAGAGAGUUUGAGCCAUGCUUUGAUAGUAUACCUUAGCAGGCCGUUUGUUGAGAAAGCUGUCACCUUAAAAAUGCUCUUAUGCAGAUGGAUUUCUUUGAUAUCCAUCGUUUGUAUACAUUUGGCCAAUAACGUUUCCUGUCAAAGGUCAGUCUUGGAUUACUUGUACAACUACCUCAGUAAAACUACAAUGAUCAACAAUGGAAAUUUCGUGAUAAAAUAUCCAAAUAGGGUUGGCAACGUCAGAAAACAGAAGCCUUUCUCCCCGUAUAUGCCGUUUCCAUGCUCAAACUCAACGGCUCCAGGUAUAGGCAGAUCCUUGUAUCCUCCAAACAGCGUUCACAAACUGAGGCCUGGUGAUAUAGAUGUGAUAGGGGCCAUGGGGGACUCCCUCAUUGCUGGAAACGGUGCUAUGGAAGAGUACGCCUUGGGGACCAUGAUAGAGUACAGGGGCAUAUCUUGGUGUGCAGGCGGUGAAGGAACCUGGAGAGAAUACCUGACCCUUCCCAACAUCCUGAAAGAGUACAAUCCAAACCUCACAGGGUACUCAACAGGAACCGGAGAGUUCCUGUCAGACCACUCCAAACUAAACGUCGCCUAUCCAGUAUCGGCAGACGAGGACGCUCUGCGACAAGCCAAGAUCCUGGUGAAAAAAAUGAAGUCCGAUCCGAAAAUCGACAUCAAGAACCACUGGAAGAUGAUCACGAUCUUCUUCGGAGCAAACGACAUCUGCUCGGCGCAGUGCUUCGACAAGGAGAAGGGUUCUGCCAGUUCGCACGUGAGACAACUGAUGUACGCACUGGAUUAUCUACAGAACACGCUGCCCAGAACUUUCGUUAAUCUGAUUCCAGUACUAGACGUUUCGGUUAGUCUCAGGGUAAAGAGGUCAAUGAUGUGCAAAUUCCUCCACGUCUUUUUCUGCUCCUGUUUCCAUCAUCAAGGUGGCAACGAGAUGGAGACUGUCAUCAAAGCAGCUCGCAACUAUCAAUACGCCGAAGAACAAUUGAUAGCAAGUGGUAGAUAUGACGUGAAGGAAGAUUUCACGGUGGUCCUACAGCCUUUCAUGAAACUUUUCAAUGCACCCUUAGAUCCAGCACAUUAUUACGAUGAAGUCAUCGAUAUUUCCUAUAUAACAUACGACUGUUUUCAUUUUUCUCAAAAGGGGCAUGCGUUAGGUGCCAAUCUUUUGUGGAACAACUUACUCGAACCAGUAGGCAAAAAGAGCAUGAAGAUGAUGAACUACGUCAUGGAAAAAUUCAAUUGCCCUUCCAAAGAAUCCCCGUAUCUUUUCACAAAUAGAAAUUCCAGAAAUUUUUUGGCGACUGGACGUCAAUGAUCUAUGUUUUGA